AUGGAUGGAUACAAGAAUGUCGUCGGUCAGAAUUCGGGCCAUUGGCCGAAGUUUUCGCCUCAGUCCCGCAGUGGACAAUCUGAUACUCAUCUUGGUAUCGAUCACGCUGCAUCUAUCACCGCCAAGGGUGGGAUGAUUGAUGGCAUCUCAGCCAGCCAUAGCAGCUCAAUAGGCGACCUAUGGCAGGUUUGGGGCAACGAAAAGGAGGAAGUGAUCCGUGGACCAUUCAACUACGGCACUAGCCAACCGGGCAAGGGUUUUCGGAGUCAGCUGCUUCAUGCCUUGAAUCAAUGCCUUCUCGUACCACAAGCAAGCUUCAAUAUAAUUUCGCGAGCUAUUGAGAUGUUGCAUGAGGCCUCGCUGCUCAUCGAUGAUAUUCAGGAUGAGUCUAAGCUCCGGCGUGGGCAACCUGCAGCCUACAAGAUUUUCGGUACUGGUCAAACGAUCAACUCGGCCAACUAUGCCUACUUCUUGGCGUUCCAGGAAAUAAUGAAGUUGAACAAUCCCGGCUUGAUGCAAAUAUUCCUUGAGGAGCUUCUAGCCCUGCAUCAAGGACAAGGCAUGGAGCUACACUGGAAAGAUUCACUAAAAUGCCCCUCUGAAAUCGAAUAUUUUCAGAUGGCUUCGAAGAAGACAGGCGGCCUUUUUCGUCUGGGUACUCGACUCAUGCAAGCGGAGUCAUCCCUCUGUGUUGAUAUAGUUCCGUUCAUCAACCUACUUGGCAUCAUCUUUCAGAUUCGGGAUGAUUAUUCGAAUCUCAAAUCUGCUGAAUACGCAGCUACGAAAGGCCCGUGCGAAGAUUUGACUGAAGGAAAAUUUUCCUUCCCCAUCAUGCACAGCAUUCAUAAGUACCCUCACAACUCGGAGCUCUACCAUAUCAUCCGGCAGAGGACAACUGACGAGCAGACUAUGACCUACACAGUCGAGUAUCUUGAAAGAACUGGAAGCUUUGAAUAUACGCGUCAAAUGAUAAGCGUCCUGGUUCAAAAGGCUAGAGAGGAGAUUGCUCGUCUAGGCUUAGAGCCCGAAAGAACUAGAGGUCUUGUUCGUAUUUUGGAAAAGAUGACCUUUUAA